AUGUUCCCCAGCUUCUACCGCGCCAACCAGGCGGACCCCAUCCAGCCGAACACGACUGCCCAGAGCGGGACCGGACGCAAGACGGCGCCGAUGAACCCCUCCCACCUCAACAAAGCGGUGCGAAGAGAUCCGGCGGUGUUCCCGUUGGCGAUCAUCAUCGGCGGCGUGCUCUGUGCUGCUGGCUACUUCGCCUUCAACAAGGCGCCCAAGGAGGGCGGCGGGGUGGAAUCGGUUGGCCCUCGCCGAGAGACCUUGAAGAUGAAGUAG